GUCUCGCGUUUGUUGGUAAAUUGGGGAAAGUGGUGAAGAUGGUGAAUAAAAGUGGUAGAAUUUCGUAGCGCUAGUGGCGCCACUAACCCGUAGAACAGAUUUAAACAUAAACGGCCGAACUUUUCAUGAAAAUUUUAUUUUUCCCAGGUUUUUUUCGUUUUCGUUGUAAAAAAUCAGAAUUUAGGAAUAUGAGAAAUAUUAUAGAGAGAACAAUUGUUUUUUUGAUUGUGUUUCAUAGGGAAAUUUAUGUAUUUUUCCAUGCAUAUUCAAUGAAAGUGGUGGGGGGUUUCGAAAAUUUUCUAAACCUCACAGUGACAGUAUAACUGUCAAUCGGUGAGUGCGGAAAAAGGCAAUUUCGCCAUAGAUAAAUAUUUUUAUCGUGCAUUUUACGGCUGAUUUAUUGUGAUAGCACCAAAAAAGAGGAAAGAUUCCCUCAAUUGUGAUGCAAUUAGUGUGAUGGACAGCAAGUCCGAGAUGAAUGGUGGUGUGAAAAAGUGCGAGGAAAGUGAGGAGAACAAACUUCAUCGUGUUCUCAGUGUUUUUCUCAACAACGUUCGUAUCAACAAUGAUGUUUAUUUAGAAAUGCUAAUUACACACUUGUCCGGAAAGAAUAAAAAUGUUGAAGAUUGCACAAAAUUCAUCAAAUCCCCAAAGAUUCUGGAAUGGAUUGAGCGGGCAGUUGAUCAGUGGGCAACCAAGGGGCUCUCAGAUCAUCACAUUGUGGGAUUCACACUGAGACUCUUGGCCCUGUACAUUGAGGAACCGGCAAACUUUGCAGUUGUGAAGGACAAACAACUUUUGGACAGGGUGCAUGAAAUCAUUAAUAGUCCAUCAACCGUCCAAACUCCAUCGAUUCAGCUGGCAAAUGUGAUACUCCUAGCGGGAAUUGCAAAGCACGAAGAUGGACUUUUGUGGAUCAAGGAUAAGAGAGCCUGGUUGAUAACUGUUGACUAUUGUCAUACCGAUCGGACUGUCUAUGUUGUCCGGGAAGCUUUGACUUUUAUCCAUGGAAUAAUUGGCAAAUUGUGCUUCAGUGAAGAUCGCAAAACUUGCAUUGAGAUCUUCGAGGAGAUUUGCAAGCCAUUGGAAGAGAUAAAGAAGACAGAUUUGAGUCCUGUAGUGUCUGUGGAUGAUUCAGAAAUGCAGAAGUAUGUUACACCAACGCUGCAUAUUCUGGGUUAUUUGUUGUACAAGACGAUCAAGAAGAAUGAAUGUGGGAAGAUUUCCAAGUAUAUCAUAGAGACGUGUAACUUGGAGGGGUAUUUGUGGCGUCUGGCCUGUGUUACGCACGAUAAUAGGUUCCUGGGGAAGUUGAUGAGGAUCUUUGUGCUGACAAAUUUUGCCCAGGUGCAAGUGAGGAGGGCUGAGCAGGGACACGAUGAUGAGAAUUUCAAUGAAUUUGGAGUGAGAUUCUUCAAUUGCAUGAAUUUCUGCAUUAGUCGCCGAAGUGGAGGUAAUAUCUUGAUGAUGGCUGAGCUGAGUCAUAUCCUGUGGAAAUCUCUCAAUCCUCCGCCACCAAUUGAAGUAGCCAUGGAGAAUCAAAAGAUUCAGUUUGAAGAUCAAUUUAUUGUGCUGCAAAUAAUGCCGGUGCUGUACAAAAUUCACAGCCGUGCUGAGGAAACAGCCUGCCUUGAUCAGUACAUCAUGAAGCUUCUCAAUGUCUCAUCUGAGCAUACAAUCCGGCUGUGCUAUGCCUUUAGGGAUCUCAUGCUCACAGUUGACAAUGAUACUGUCACAGAUUUUGCCUGCAAAGCCAUCCAAAGUAUCCUGGGCAUGAAGGAAGUUUUAACGCGCGAAAGAGCCGUCAUUGUCUUCCAAGCCCUUAUUUACUGCUUACACUCCACGGAACCUGACAAUGGCUGCAUGCUGGAUAGGCCCAAUAUCAUCUCCACGGACCUUCUCGUUAAAUCACCCAAUCUUCUGUCCUUUGUCCUCACUGGACUUCAUGGACUCGUCAAAGAGUACAAGAUCACAUGGAAGGAAUGCCUAGAAUCGACAUGUUUGAUUAACUUUAUGCUAGCACUUCUGGAAGAUCCUAAUCUAUCCUCAAGACACGUCGUGCAAGCUCUUCAGCUCACUCAAUUGUCCAUCGAACACUUCUUGGCUCCUAACUUGGCGCUCCUGGUGGACACUCUCAAGGGAUCAGCGAUGGAAGGACUGGGGCAAAUGAUCUUCAAGAAGCUCCACGACAACUCCUGGGAGACUCGGGAUAGCACUCUUGAGCUGCUGUCUGCGAUGGUGAUGAUUUCUGAACAAAAAUUCCCAGCCUUCCAGCAGCACAUCCUGGACAAUAAAUUGUGUCCGAUUGUGGGCAGCAUGGCGAAGAAUGAUCAGGAACCUUAUGUCAGAGCCACAGCUCUCCAUUGCAUGUACAAAAUGAUGAAGAUUCCGGGAUACUGGGAGAAGUCCCUGAAUUCCUUGGACCUUGUGACGCAUUUACUGACGUGCCUGGGUGAGGAGAGUGAGGGAGUGGUCAGGAGGGAGGCUGUGUGUCUUCUGUGUUCGCUGUAUGAUCGCCAGAAAGUGCCUAAGAAUCAACUGGAUGCUGUCCUGUCGACAAUGGCUCACUGUGCGGUAAAUGAUCUGCACUGGGAAGUGAAGAUCAAUGCAUUGUUGUUCUGGAAGAAUGUCAUAAUGCGUCAGUGUCAGCAUCAGGGAGUCAUCGAUGGGGUCUUCCCGUCUGUGACGUUUUCCAAGGAGAACAAGAAGAUUGUGACUUUGAAUGAGAGGGAGAUAUCUCUGAGGAUAGGAAGGAUUUUGCAUGAAUUGUCUGUGCGAGGAUGUUUGGGAGUGUUAAUGGAGUGUCUGAAGGAUGAUUGUGAUCUGGCCGUGGUGAAAGUUGCUGUAGAGGUGAUAGAAUGCCUAAAAGUUUUCCUCUCAAAGUACAAGUACCUCGAGGGGAGGAAGAAGUUGGAGGAGGAGAGUGCAAAAAAGGAGCACCCAGUAAUUGAUGUGCCCUAUCAAAAGAUCCCACCCAAAAGCCAAGAUAGAAGUUCACUGGAGAGGAAUAAUGCUGAUGUGUCGCCGGAAAAGAAUUCUGACGUUGUCAUUGAGUCCAUUCUCGAUGCAACGGAUGUGAAUCUUCUUGCCAUAGCGUAUGAGAAUCAAAUGACUGUGAAUGGGCACGAGGAAGAUGAUGCCGUUAGGGAAUCCCCAAUUGAUCCGAAUCUGUACAAGAAAUUCGCCAAAGUGACUCCCAAUGAAUUUCUCACGACACUCCUCGAGAUCGAUCUGGGUGAAUUGGUAAGAUCCAGAUCGGAUUGGAUAUUGCAAACGGAGAGCUUCAGCUCUCUCCUGGAUGACAUUCUACUCUCCUUCAAGGACAUCAAGGUAAACGAUGCUGAUUGCUACUGAAAGAAUUUAUAGAUUUGUGUCUGAUGCACUGAGAGAAUUUUUUAACAAUUGUAUAGAAAUUUGUACACAAAUUAUUUUGCAAAGAACAAUAAAACAAAAUCAGGGAAAUUA